ACAAAUCUCCGAACUGCGUCAUGAAAAAAGUUAUAGUGAACAACAGGCCCCAUUUGUGUCUGUUUGCUGUGAGGAACAUCGAAGUAGGGACUGAACUUGAUUACAACUAUGGUGAUUCAAAAUGGCCAUGGCGUCAAAAGGUGAUGAUGAUCAUGCAUUGGUUACACUACAUGAUUGUUAAAGAUGUUAGUUUAAUUUCCCACAACUUGAAAUGAAAUGUCAUUAUUAUUAUUAGUAUUAUUAUUAUUGUUAUUAUUAUUAUUAUAUAAAAGGCAUCAUUAGGUCAGGUGUUUUGAGGACAUGAAGAGUAAUUAAACAUAGUAGUAGAGUGAGCAAACUUAUGUGAUCUGUAAGUAUUUCCCAACUCAUGCUUCCUGUCAGAGCUGACUGUCUUCUUCUUUUAUGUCUAAACACUGGAUGACAUCCAAGCAGGCUCCAGCAGCAGAAGAAGAGAUGGCUGUUGAUCUGUCCUCCAAGGUUUAUGGUGAAGAUGAUGAUGAUGAUGCUGGUGAAGAUGAUGCCCCAAAGGCUCCAGCAGCAGAAGAAGAGAUGGCUGUUGAUCUGUCCUCCAAGGUUUAUGGUGAAGAUGAUGAUGAUGCUGGUGAAGAUGAUGCCCCAAAGGCUCCAGCAGCAGAAGAAGAGAUGGCUGUUGAUCUGUCCUCCAAGGUUUAUGGUGAAGAUGAUGAUGAUGCUGGUGAAGAUGAUGCCCCAAAGGCUCCAGCAGCAGAAGAAGAGAUGGCUGUUGAUCUGUCCUCCAAGGUUUAUGGUGAAGAUGAUGAUGAUGCUGGUGAAGAUGAUGCCCCAAAGCAGGCUCCAGCAGCAGAAGAAGAGAUGGCUGUUGAUCUGUCCUCCAAGGUUUAUGGUGAAGAUGAUGAUGAUGCUGGUGAAGAUGAUGCCCCAAAGGAAUUUGCUAUCAGAGGAUCAUGCCUGGUGGAUUAUUCUGACACUGAUGGAACCGAUGAGGAUUGUUUAAAUGAUCAGCUAUUGGCUCCACGCUGUGAUGAAGGUGUUCCAAAGUUGAGAAGGACGAAAAGCAUUUGGGUAUGCCCCUGA